GUUAAAUUAUUUCUUUCUUUUCCUGUUAAGUUUCACUUUCACUGUAUUCCUCUGCCAUCUAUUUAUUGUGGAGCGCGCUUUGAUCCUCUAAUUCCUCUUAAUCAGCAGCACUCAAUUCAUGCGCUGUGGAGAAUAGUAUAUAAUUUUUUUGCACAAGCGUAAUUAGUCUUGGUGACGGAUGUUUAAAAGAAGGUGAAGUGAAUUAUUUCGUUUUCCAUUGCUACGAAAAGGGUGAGAAAGCAAAGGUUGUAGUUGCCGGGUGACAGCUGCAGCGCUGAUGUUGAGUUGAACAUUAAUAAAGAUUCCACAUAAUGAAGAUGCUGGCUUUAUUCUUUUUUCCUUUGCUGGAUUUUGCCAUGAUAAAACUGUCUCAAGCACUGCACUUUGAAUUAUAUCAUGUAUUACUGGGUUUUGGCCUUAUUGAACUAGCCCAAGCAUUGUACUUGGAUAUGAACUUGUCAUUAGUGGCCAUCUGGGUUGCAUCUUUUAUUCGGUUUGGCUUUUUGGUCGCUUCAGCACACCUGAUUCUCCACAGAAUUACAAAGAAGCCAUCAUCCUGGUUAAAUUCUAAAAUGAUUGUGAAAAAUGUAGGUGUCCUAUGCUUUUUGCCACCAUUGUAUGUGUCAGUCACAUCAGUGCUUGGAUUUCCUGCCACUGAGGUACAGUGCAGAUCGUGGAGUUUGACCGUUAUUGUGAUGACAUACGUAAUUGCAGUCCUGGUUUACUUUAUCUGGGAACACUUUUUACCCUUCCAGGGCCAUUCAGAGAUUAACAAGUUAUGGGAGUCAGUGAAACAGCUGCUGUCUUUUGUAAGACCUGACUUGUGGCGCCUGAUUAUGUCAUGUUUUUUUCUGUUCUUAACUACCCUUGGUGAAAUGGCCAUCCCUUACUAUACAGGCCGUAUGACUGACUGGAUUGCGAACAAAGAUGAUCCAUCUGCCUUUUUCAAUGCUGUCAUGACCAUGUCUCUUCUAACCAUUGGAAGUGCGGUGACAGCAUUCAUCUGUUACUACCUCUACAGUGUCAACAUGUGCAAAAUUCAGGGACGGAUGCAGAGGCAGGCUUUCAAGUCUGUGAUGUAUCAAGAGGUUGCUUUCUUUGACAGAUCCCAUACAGGUGAUGUCACUUCCCACAUUUCAACUGAUACAAAUACCGUGACUGAAGCCUUAAGUCAGGAAUUGAACUCAGCUUUAUGGAAUUCCUUAAGAGCAGUCUUCCUUUUUGCCUUCAUGCUUGGCUUGUCCAGUAAGCUGUCAGUCUUCACCCUCAUUGGACUACCUAUUAUCAUAGCUAUUUCAGCUCUGUCUGCAAAGUGCCAUCAGAAACUUGCUGCAGAGGUACAGGAUUCCCUGGCCAAGGCCAAUGAUGUAGCUACUGAGACGUUUUCCUCCAUUAAAACAGUGCGGAGCUUUGCUAAUGAGGAUGGUGAGGCAGAACGCUACAGCAAGAAGUUACAAGAUGUGUACCAGCUGAAAAAUAAGGAGGCGUCUGUCUUCGGAGGACACAUGUGUAUCAGCAAUUUAACUGGCUUGGCUAUGAAGGUUAGUGUCCUGUAUUAUGGAGGCCGUCUGGUGACGCAUGGUGAUGUCAGCAGUGGGGAUCUGGUAGCUUUUAUUCUGUAUGAGCUGCAGUUUGCUCAAGCAAUGCAAGCUCUAUUCUCAGUGUAUCCCAGUGUGUGGAAGGCAAUAGGUGCAUCUGAGAAGAUAUUUGACUACAUGGACAAAACUCCCAAAGUGUCCAGGCCUGGAACUCUAGCUCCUGAAACCCUUACAGGCCACAUUGAGUUCAAGAAUGUGUCAUUUUCUUAUCCCAACAGAAUGGACACUCCAGUAUUAAAGAACAUUUCCUUUGAAUUGAAGCCUGGUGAAAUCACUGCAUUGGUGGGACCUUCUGGCGGUGGAAAAUCAACAUGCGUGUAUCUGCUGGAGCGAUUCUAUGAACCUGUAUCUGGAGAGAUACUUCUGGAUGGGAGGCCAGUGAAUGAGUAUGAACACAAGUAUUUCCACCGUAAGAUGGCACUUGUGAGCCAGGAACCACAAUUGUUUGCUCGCUCAGUAGAGGAAAAUAUUGCCUAUGGUUUAAAAAAAACUUCUUCUGAUGACAUCAUCCUUGCAUCAAAACAAGCAAAUGCACACACUUUCAUUUCUGCAUUGAAGGAUCAGUAUCAGACAGAUGCUGGUGAUAAAGGUGGGCAGCUUUCUGGUGGACAGAAGCAGCGAAUAGCUAUUGCUAGAGCUUUGCUCCGAGACCCAAAGAUCCUGAUCUUGGAUGAUGCCACUAGCUCCCUGGACACUGAAAGUGAACAUAUGGUCCAGAAAGCUCUUUACAAUGGUAAACAGAAACAGACCAUCUUAGUUAUAGCCCACCGCCUGAGUACUGUAGAAAUGGUCGACAAGAUUAUUGUCCUGGACAAGGGGGAGGUUGUAGAGCAUGGAACACACAGAGCGCUACUAGAGAAGAAGGGAAAAUACUUUCAGCUUGUGCAGAUUCAACAUGGAGCAUUUGAGAAUUCUGAAAUCGUGGAACCUUACGCAUUGAGGACAGAGUCAUAACAGAGCCGUGAAGUACUAGAGGCUUAAAAGCUAACCGUGUUUAAUUUUAAACUACUUGUGUAAUUGUUACUUUGUUUCAUUAAGCUCUUUCUUAAAUUUAGCAAUACGAAUUUCCUGCAUUCAUCACACCACUGACUACUGAGUUUAAUUAGAAUGUAACAUUAUGUAAAUUGUAUAAAAGUGUAAAUUUUACUUUAGAAAGAAAGUCAGCUGCACUGAAAUCUAGUAUUCAGUACUAUUGUAUUGCACUUAAAAGAACAUGUUUUCGGUUCUUAAUAUAUUUUGUAUCCUUAGAAUUUUCCAAUGUUUUGUAAAAUACUGUAAAUAUGUAUUCUGGUGCAACUUUAAAAUGCAAAAGUGUGUCAAGACUUUAUGUGUCUAGAAUCAAUGUAUUAUUUUUUUCUGAGCAGCUGAAAUACAGUUACUUUGCUUAAUGAUGUCCUAAAUGGGGUUAUAGUGUUCAGGAUUGACAAAAAUGUUGUGGAUCUUGGCUAUUUAUCAUACUACGUCUUCAUAUUUUUCAUACAUCUUGAGAAUAAAACCCUGUUACCCCAGGAUGUCCCCUAAAGUUUUUUUUUCAAAUUGCACCCACCCACCAUAAUUGUGCAGCUUGUCUCCCAUACUAGGCCUACACCUAUCAAAAUGUUUCUCUGGCAACUUCUUAUCCUACCUGUCUUCUAUUAUUCACAUGCCUAAAAUGUUUCCCUCAACAACUCCACCACCACCACUUUCAAGUAUCAUAUUCUGUAACUCAAAAAUCAAAUUCAAUCUUUUUCCAUAUCACACCUAACCUAAUCAGCUUAUCCACCAAUAACCUUUUCAACC